GGAAGUGUCGGCUUGACGGAAGAGGAAGCUGUGCGAAAGUACGGAGCAGAGAAAGUGAGGAUUUAUUCGGCAUCUUUCACGUCAAUGUAUUACGCCGUGCUUGACCACAAGCCGAAGAAUCAUUUCAAGAUGAUUGUCCUGGGACCGGAGGAAAAGGUGAUCGGAUUGCAUUUGUUUGGAAUCAAUUCGGACGAGAUUUUGCAAGGCUUUGCUGUUGCUGUGAGAGCGGGUCUCACGAAGGCCGAAUUUGACCGAACAGUCGCAAUUCAUCCUACUACUUCAGAAGAAUUGGUUUUGAUGCGAAAUCCCACGCCUCCUACGGUUAAAGUGGACUGAAUGCUGAAAUCAGUUCGGGAAAUUUCAAAGUUUAUGGUACAUUUAUUCUUGGGAUUUUGAUUUUUUGGAACAAAUAUAUUCAGCGAUGAAUGCUCGUGCUUUAGCCGAAAUUAUAGUUCAGUUCUGGAAUUAUUGUUUGGGCCGUGUAGCCUGAUGGAACUUGAAUGUUUUUGUCCCGCACAAUUCGUCCGUGUUGGCAUGAGUUGACUGUGAACGUGAACUGGUAUAUUUUUCAUGGAUGUAAACGUUUCCAGUGUGGGAGAAAUCCCUUGAUUUUUCUCAUUCA